UUUUUUCAUUUAUUUCUGUUUAAGAAAUUUCUCCAUGAUGGAAAAGAUCAGUUCCCACUCUUUUAAUCAAUCUUUACGGUAAGAUAUCAUUUUUAUAUCUUUAUUAUAUGUACCACUAAGAGACUAGAGCUUCAACUUUUCCUUGAAAAAAUGUUUUAAAUUUCAGUGAAAAAGAAAAACAAAAAAGGAAGAAAAGGAUGGCUGCUUAAAAGUAUGCAAGCAACCAAUUUAUCAAUUUUAAAACAAACAAAAAGUGGAGAAGGGAGCUUAAUUGAUAGUCAGCAGUAGCACAAAUAAACAAAUGAAGUAAUGACCAAAGAUGCAAUGACUGGCUGAUUCUCACCAAACAAUUUUUCUGAAUCUUUUAAUAGGAAUAUAAUAACUUGAAAAAACAAUUAGAGCAUAGGUAUAUCUUUCAUAAUUUGAUUUUACCUGCUUACCUUCCUCCAGAGACUAAUAUUUUCAAGUAUCACACAACAAAUCCAUUGAUAAAUUUCAUAAGCAAAAACACCCAAUAAGAUUAUCCUCUUUCCACCCAAACUUAUUGGAAGAGUGUAAAAAAAGGUAGUGGAUAAGAAUCUUCAAAUCACAAGGAAAAUAUCAAACUUAUCAUUAAUUAGUGCAACAAUCCCACUUCUAAGAAACGAAAAGAGCCUACGAACUAGCAACAAGAAGGGCUAAUUUGAGACUAACAACUAGGGGUAAGUUGCAAAUCAUAUAAACUAAUUCAAUCAUGUUUCUUAUCUUUCAAUGUGUCCCCAAAACGCUGUUUCUCCAAUGUAGACAUCAACUACAUACUGUUACGAGAAGAUAAUAUAAUGCGCUGUGAGUCUGUGACUAAACUAGGGGAUGACUGUCAACAACUGAACUAUUGAGAUAUCUGAAUGGAAUGGUUUUCUCAUGUAUAUCUGAAUAAGAGGAAACCUGACACGGUCAAACAAAAAGCUGGUUCCUGUAAAUGGCAUUGUAUUUUGUGCAAGUACACAUUAGUCUUAACGGAAUCGGAAUACCAUAAGCGAUAACUUUGUUCUAAUGAUCAUACUCUAGUCUCAACGGAAAAGGAGUACCGGAACUCAGAAUAGAUAAGCAAUAACUUUGUUCUAAUGAUCAUUUUCGCUUAAGAAACACCAACCAAACCUCUCGACUAUGUAUUAAGAGCCAAUAUUUACCACUGAGAAGACAAAGCAUGAACCCAUACGACUGAAUGUUACCACAAUCUAUAUGGUAGUUCUCGAAUUCAAAGCAAAUAUAAUGAUCCUCUCCAAGCAAAAUUAGAUUUCAAAACGUCCAGCUUACUCAGAUCAAAGAAGAAAUAUGAUAUUGUUUGACUUAGUAGUAAGGUGAAAAACCUAAGAAAUGGUAACAAGUAUACUCGCAACUGGAAUGAAACAAAAUAGUUGAUUGGUAUCUAAAUUCAAACAGUAAACCGAGCCGGAUUAGAAUUGAAAUAAAUCAAAAUUUAAACAUAUUGUUGUUGAGUCCACUCGAAAGCGGAACCCUCCAAAAAUAGGUGGCCCUCCAAAAGUAACAAGAGGUUAACAAAUUAACUCAAAACUAAAAAGAUAUCUUUUUGUAUGAAAAUAAAAAUUGACGCGCUUAACCGCUGCUUCUCGUCUCCUUCGCGUUGUUUACUUGUACCAAGAAUGUAAUAAAAACAAAAUAACCGAGUGGUUUUCUUCUCUCCUCUGAUGCAACAGAUUGGAAGAAUCCACUUCAUUUUGGCUACUGUUGGACCAGAUCAUUGAGGUUUUAUGUGAUUUUUACUCUGUACUCUGUAGAGCAUUUUCCUUGUAAGCUGAAAAGGAAGUUUCAGCAAAGCUGGCAGUGUGAUUCUACGUUCACGUUCAUCUUUUCAGGUCCAGGAUUCGCAAUGGCUUUCAAUAACAGUUGUAGCUUGGUGUAUUGGCGAGGUGAGUUUGAUUGAUCUUCAGAUAUUUAUUAAUCUUCAGAGAAGUACUCCCAAUGACAAGUGUUUGUGACAGUUGAAAAAAAACUUGUUAGCUCGUGAUUAGAGUAGAUUGUGAGAGAUAGUUUCUUUAGCAGAAUUGUGCACUGUCUAGAUGAAACAGUGAUGUUUACUCUUGUCUUAGCUGAGUGCUGAUGAUCAGAUAUUCAGAUAUCCUCGAGAUGAUUUAACUUGCCCCGGUAGGGGUCCCUAUUGGCUAACCUGUCUCAGGUGAUACAUCAUAGUGUACACAUUUUGCUUUUAGAUGUGAUGGCUUAAUAUGCUAUUACCCUAUCAAAGAAAAAAAAUCAAGUUGUAAGGAUAGUUCGAUAUUUUAUGCCAUCCAGGUACACAUGAUUUUCACAUCAUGAGAAGAAAAUAUAAUGCCUUGUGUUUGUGCUCUACUAAUGGAUUAUCGACAUCUGAUUGGAAUUGGAGAAAUAAAUUGACUUUAGUACAUCAUCAAUCUAUUCAAUUGACUUUUAGUACUAAAAUAAUCACUAGUAGAUGGAAUGAAAUAAAUUGAAAUUGAUGGUUCUCUUAACAAAAUCAUCAAACCAGAGUCGGUUUAGAGUCAAGGACACAAUCAACCAAAUAUUCAACUAUAUGUUGUUGGGCCCACACGAAAGCGGGACCCUCCAAAAAUAGGCGUAUGCCACUUAGCAUGGAGAGCACACGGUAUUCUUUAGUAAAAGGCGAAAGAAUAGUUCGCUUUGUGCUCACCACAUGGCUGCGUGAUUUGUGAACUGAGAAGGAGAUCUUUAUUUAUAGUGCAACUUCUGCUACUUAUUUCUCUUUGUUACCCGAUGUGGGACUCUAAACGAAAGGAGCAUCACAAGGGCGCUGCUGAUUUAAUAAUAUUCUACGCGGGCCUUUAUGGGCCUAAAACAAGUAUGGGCUUUAAAUACAAACUGUAAUCUUUCUUCCUUUAAGCCCACUUGCAAACCUUAACUGAUGUUCUCAUAUAUGGUAGUGGAGCCAUAGACCAAACUUUUUGAUCAAGAAUGGCUGGAAUGAACAAAGACCAGACAUAAACCAACCAGCCAGUAUAUUAGAUCCACCGAAGCUUCACAGUGACCGGCUCUUUACAAGGAUCUAAUAGAAACGACCACGAGUUUAGGACUAGGACUCAAACAUCAUCCUUCGUAUUAUUAUUUUUGGGUCAAAGAUCAUCGUACAGUACUUCGUGAGAAGCAUUUCUUCUCAGGGGCCACAUUUUAUUUAAAAACUUUACGACUGACUAAUCCUCUUGUUCCUUUGGAAGGUUAUCGUUGACCAUUUUGACUCGUUAUUUAAAACAUGCGUAUUAUCGAGUGCUGACGUGGCGGAUCCUUACAGAACCCCAGAGAAGGGAACACAACUUUUAGAAAAAAGGAAAAAGAGAAGAGAGGACGGUGGAGCUAAAUCGGAUCGCGUCGGAGAGUCGCCGGAAAUUUUAAUAUUUUCCAAUUUAAUCAGAUCGGCCGUUGUAUUGUAUCCGUUCGUCGUUUAGUGAGAGAGAGACGGUGGAUGGGCCAUGGCUGAGACGGAAACAGUAAACGGAGUGAAGGAGAGCAAAUUAUGGAAAGGUGUAUUCGCUGUCUCCGGCAUUAUGUCUACUCUUGUCAUCUACGGUGUUCUUCAGGAGAAGAUAAUGAGAGUUCCUUAUGGAUUGAACAAAGAGUUCUUUAAGUACUCUCUGUUUCUUGUUUUCUGCAAUCGCCUCACUACUUCAGCUGUCUCUGCUGGUGCUUUACUGGCAAGCAAGAAAGUUUUGGAUCCUGUAGCUCCGGUUUACAAGUAUUGCCUUAUCUCAGUGACUAACAUAUUAACUACAACAUGUCAGUAUGAGGCUCUCAAGUAUGUGAGCUUCCCUGUCCAAACUCUUGCAAAAUGUGCCAAAAUGAUACCAGUAAUGGUAUGGGGAACUCUCAUCAUGCAGAAAAAGUACAAGGGGUUUGACUAUUUUGUGGCUUUUUUGGUGACCCUUGGCUGUUCUGUCUUUAUUCUUUUCCCGGCAGGAGAUGAUAUCAGUCCGUACAAUAAGGGAAGGGAGAAUACUGUUUGGGGUGUUUCCCUAAUGGCUGGUUAUCUUGGGUUUGAUGGGUUUACAAGCACAUUUCAAGACAAACUGUUCAAAGGAUAUAAUAUGGAGAUACAUAACCAAAUAUUCUACACAACACUUUGUUCUUGUGUUCUCAGUUUCACUGGACUUGUAUUGCAAGGCCAUUUGCUACUAGCUGUAGAUUUUGUUUCUCGCCAUAGAGAUUGUCUACUCGACAUCGCUCUGCUUUCCACUGUUGCAACAGCGAGCCAGUUCUUCAUUUCUUACACCAUUAGGACAUUUGGUGCUCUAACGUUCGCUGCUAUCAUGACAACAAGACAGCUUGCAAGCAUCAUGCUCUCAUGCAUUUGGUUCUCUCAUCCGCUUAGCUGGGAGCAAUGUAUUGGAUCGGUCAUUGUUUUCGGGUCUUUAUACGCCAAAAACUUACUGAACAACAACAAAAAAUCACAAACUCAACCGCCGCCACCUCCAGAGCUUCCGCAGUAUGGAAAACCUGAGAGCUCCUCGUCUUGAUUUAACCCUGAAGACAAAAACAAGUUGAUAGUGAACUGAAAUUAGUAUUCAUAUAGUCAGACCCUAUGUAUUUUUUUCAUCUUUUUAAUUAUUUAAGUUUGUUGGUUCUCUUGUAGUAUGCUAUAUAUACAUGUGUUUCGAUGACAUCUGAUGUAGCCACUUAGACAUCGGACUGAUUUUCCCAACGGCCAGACCUUUAUGACACU